AUGCCGAUCACUGUUUUGAUCGAGUUCAUCAAAGACAUGUUCCAGCAUUGGUUCCAUGACUGGUACGAGGAGGCUGUCAAGGUGACCACGCCCCUCAACCCUUGGGUUGCCAAGCUGUUGAGCAAACGGUUCAAUGAUGCACAUCACUUUGUAGUUAAGCCUAUCAAUCGAGGGGAGUUCAAAGUUAAAGACGGGAAGAUGGACGGACUUGUAAACCUGUCCAAGAAGACAUGUUCAUGUUGUGAGUUCCAAACAGAUUUACUGUCAUGCAGCCAUGCCAUUGCAGCAAUAAGUAAAUGCAAUUGUGAAGCCAUUGAAUUCUGCGCUGACUACUACAAGACAACCGUUUUGGUGGAGGGUUAUUCGAGAUCCAUUGAGCCGGUAGGGCAUCCUAGUGAGUGGGACAUCCCCCCUCAUGUGAAACAAAUUAUCGUCUUGCCCCCACCUUGGCAAGGCCAAGUGGGAAGACUUAGGAGGAAAAGGAUUCCAUCAACUGGUUAA